UUAGGUAAUAGCAAACUCACAGUCUUAUGUUCUAAGUGCUUUUCUUGUGUUAAAUGAAUUUUCUUCCUCAAAACUACUUCUCAGAGUCGGUUGUGCAGUCCGUGUUUUACAGAAGAAACAGGCCCUGGGAUUAAGUAACUUGCUAAAGAUCACACAACUAGUAGUAAACUGUGGUAAACUUGAACUCAGGCAGUGUAGCUCCAGAGUCUUGCUUGUGAGAUCAUUGUUCUGGAUUGUUUUGCAAGUGAAAUCGUUUCAGAACUUAGAUUUCACAGGAACUUACAAGAAAGUUCUGUGACUUAAAAAAGUACUGUUUAUUACCAGAAUGACUUUUUUUACAGUGUAUUUUUUGAUAAUGGAGUAUUCUUAAAUGAUCGUGAUACUAAAAACCAGCAAAAACCCUUUAAGUGCCUCUUUGGAAAAUAAUAUUUUCUUUUGCACUUGAAUGCAAUUUUUGGUAAAUUCGUGUCUACCACACACUGUGAAAUUAAAGGUAAUUUACUGUGGGACUUUCCUGAUGAUAGAGUAGAUAAGAAUCUGCCUGCCAGUGCAGGGGACACAGGUUCUGUCGCUUAUCCAGGAAGAUUCCAGAAGCUACUGUGCAGCUAAUAUGCCCGUGAGCCACAACUGCUGAACCUGCAUGGUGCAGCUGUUGAGCCCGCAUGCUGCAACUACUGAAGCCUGUGCUUUUAGAGCCCAUGCUCUGCAACUAGAGAAGCCCCACUCCCUGCAACUAGAGGAAGCAUGUGUGCAGCAACAAGCACCGAUCACAGCUGAAAAUAAUAAUAAUAUACAAAAGAAAAGAAUAAUUUACUGUGAACUGAACUUGGUAGAUAGUACAGCUGCAUUGAUAGUACAGCUGCAUUAGCCUGCUGUUUCCUAAUGGUGAAAUACAGAUUUAAUUGAGUACUAAGAAUAUAUCGAGAAUAGCAUCAGUAAAGGAUCUAUAGAUAUGGAAGCAUUCAGCAACUUCUUUUCCAGCUAAUUAGUCCACUUGGCCUUUUGUGUAGAAUCUUGCAUCUCUUAGAGAAUGGAUAAAUUAUGGUAAAAGUCAGCUUUUUCCCCCCAAAGUGAUUGGCAACAGUAGGCCAAGGAUCUUGACAGAACUUCUGUGAUUUACCUGUGUUUUAUUUUAUUAUGUUUACUUGGUUUCCCUAAAACAGUAAGUGCUAUAAACAGGAAACUUUUUCUUUAAAUUGAAUGUACCUGUGUACUUGUUUUGAGGGAGGGAACCACAGUAACAAUGAUGAGGGAAUGGGAGCGUGUACAGUUGAGAAUAAAAAGCUCCUAUUCUGCAGGUUCAAGAAGACUUUUUUGGCCCUUCUCCCAAGCCUUGAACAAGUACUUGCAGACCCCUUUAAAACUUGCCUGAUCACUGGAAGCCUCUUUUCAAUGCCUUCCUCCUGAGAGUUGGCCUGUCAGGAACAGCUUGGGAACCAUCCUGUGAAAUGUGGCCAGUCCCUGUACUACUGUUUCUCAACUGUGAUAAGGUCAGCACUUCCUAUGUGAAGCCAGAUUUCUUUGCAAGCAAUACAUUUAACUUCUUUGUUUUAGAUAUAGGUGGAUGAUGGUCUUAACCUUGGGCAGUCCUAUUUAUCAGCCAGCUUUUGGGAAAGAAGUGCUCCAGGAACUCUAAGGAGGACAGACCAGCACGUCUGGUGGAGUGAGUGGAGAACUUGAAGGGAAGUUUCUGUUGAGGCCGCUUUGGCCAGAGAAGCCAGUCUGGGCUUGAAAGUGAUGUUGUGCUUGAUUUUAAAGAACCACAAGAUUCUUGACAGCUUGCCUUUUAAAUUAUGCUUUUGAAGCCUAGAACCCAGUUCAAUGCAUUUUAUUGUUAAUAAUUUUGUUUUAAAACUAUUUGCUAUGAUUUUUGUAUCUUCUGGUUCUAAAAUGCUAAAUGAUCUUUCAAACUCGCUUUUUACUGAAACUGAAGUAUAAGUUUUACAUAGGUAAUUUGUCUGAAAAAUGUACCCAUUUCAAAUUGGCUUCUCGAUACUUCACAUUUUCUUAUUACUCAUGAAAAGUUCCUCCCGCUGUUAGCUCUAAUGCCCCUUUCGUGUCUUGUUUUAUUCCAGUUCAUGUUUUCAGUUUUACUUACCUUUUGCCAAAUACAUUCAGAUACUCAUUUACCUCAGUGAUUUUUUGAUGCUGAUCUAUUUACUUAGAAUGUCUUGAUCUCCAACUCACCAACUCUCUAUAGCCUGUCCAUUUUGAACCUCUGUGAUAGGCCCAGAUGUGCAGAGAAACAUGAUUCCUGCCCUGAAGAUGUUUAGUUCAAAAAAGAAAAUGGGUAUAUAAGGAAAUAAUUACAAUGUAGUGAGGAAAAUCUCAAAAAUGUUUCAAAUUCCUGUGGAGAAUCUUGACAACAUCAGGAAGGUACGGAAAAAGGUGAAAAGGAUUCUUGUGGACGUUGGGCUUGACAGGUGCAAGGAGCUGCUGAAGGACCUUAAAGGCUUUGACCCAGGAGAGAAGUACUUUUAUAACACAUCAUGGGGAGAUAUUUCUCUGUGGGAACCUUCUGGAAAGAAACUGAGAUAUCGAACAAAACCAUACUGUUGCAGCCUCUGUAAAUACUCCACAAAAGUGCUUACUUCAUUCAAAAAUCAUUUACAUCGUUACCAUGAAGAUGAAAUUGACCAAGAGCUGGUGAUCCCUUGCCCAAACUGCGUGUUUUCCUCUCAACCCAGAGUUGUGGGAAGGCACUUCAGAAUGUUUCAUGCACCUGCUCGGAAAGUCCAGAAUUACACAGUGAAUAUUUUAGGUGAAACUAAAUCAUCUAGGAGUGAUGUGAUAAGUUUUACAUGUUUAAAAUGUAACUUUUCAAACACACUGUACUACAGCAUGAAGAAGCAUGUGCUGGUAGCACAUUUUCACUACUUAAUUAACUCCUAUUUUGGCCUGAGAACUGAGGAGGUGGGUGAGCAUCCUGGAGCUGACGACACCCUCUGUGCAGAGAAGUUGCUCACGUCUGACAGGUAUUACUGUAAAAAGUGCAACACCAAUGCCAGCAGCCAGGACGCUUUAAUGUAUCAUAUUUUGACAUCCGAUAUACACCGGGAUUUGGAGAAUAAGCUUAGGUCUGUCAUCUCAGAACAUAUUAAGAAGACUGGCCUUUUGAAGCAGAUGCAUAUUGCUCCCAAACCAGCUACACACGUGGCCAUACCGCCGAAUAGCAGUGCUCCGGGCAUCCCAGCCUCAUCUCCUUGCUACCACCUUGCCUUGCCGCAGAAUGGCCAGAGCCAGACCGUGGUGCAGCCGGUUCAGGGUGCAGCCCCUCCGUCUACUGUGGCCGCGGGGGCUGUGGGCAGUGUCACCCACUCUCCGCCAGCUGUUGCCCAGCCUCAUGUGACCCUGGUCUCCAGUCCUCUGCCAGUGGGCCAGAGCAGCCUCACUUUGCCGCGCUCGACGCCUCAGCCUGUCUUUCUUUCUCAUGGAGUCCCACUUAGUCAGGCAGCAAAUCCUCCCGUGUUGCCCUUGAGUCAGCCGGUUGGACCUGUAAGUAAGUCUGUUGGAACCAGUGUCCUCCCCAUAAAUCAGACCAUCCGCCCGGGGGUUUUGCCGCUCAGCCAGCCUGUGGGGCCCAUAAGCAGGCCAGUUGGACCUGGAGUUCUUUCGGUGAAUAGACCCGUUGGGUCUGGGGUCCUCCCUGUCAACCCCUCUGUCACCCCUGGAGUGCUUCAGGCAGUCUCGCCAGGGGUGAUUUCUGUGAGUCGGACAGUCCCGUCAGGGGUCCUUCCUGCAGGACAGGUGACCCCUGCUGGGGUCAUCCCUUCAGGACAGACAGCGACUUCUGGGGUUCUUCCUGCUGGCCAGGUGGUUCAGUCAGGGGUGCUCCCCAUCGGGCAGACGGCCCCCUCGGGGGCACUGCCCACAGGGCUGACGGUCCCACUGCGGGUGCUCCCUCCUGGCCAGGUAGUCCCACCUGGGCUCCUUCCCCCCAACCAGACAGUCUCGUCAGCCGUUCUUCCUGUGAACCAGGGCAUUAACUCUGGUGUUCUUCAGCUCAGUCAGCAGGUCAUGUCAGGAGUUCUUCCUGUGGGCCAGCCAGUGAGGCCUGGGGUCCUGCAGCUUAAUCAGUCUGUGAAUACCAACAUUCUGCCUGCAAAUCAGACCAUUAGACCCGGUGCUUCGCCAAACACCACUUUUCUGACAUCAGGCUCUAUUCUCAGACAGCUCAUACCCACAGGGAAACAAGUGAAUGGCAUUCCCACAUACACACUUGCCCCGGUGUCUGUCACUCUGCCAGUGCCCCCUGGAAGCGUCGCCACUGUUGCCCCUCCCCAGAUGCCCAUCCAGCUCCUGCAGUCGGGCACAGCUGCCCAGAUGGCCAGUUCCAUGGCCGGCAUGCCCUCCCCUCCCGUGGUGGUAAAUGCCACUCAGAGUAUGUUUGUUCAGGCCUCUUCGUCUGUGGCAGAGGCAAAUCAGGUGCUCAAACAGGCCAAGCAAUGGAAAACCUGUCCUGUUUGCAACGAGCUCUUCCCUUCCAAUGUGUACCAGGUCCAUAUGGAAGUGGCGCAUAAGCACAGUGAAUCCAAAGCUGCUGACAAACUGGAGCCAGAGAAACUGGCGGCAUGUGCGCCAUUUUUAAAGUGGAUGAGAGAGAAGACAGUUCGAUGUCUUUCUUGUAAGUGUUUAGUUUCGGAGGAGGAGCUUAUCCAUCACUUACUGAUGCAUGGCCUGGGGUGCUUGUUCUGCCCGUGCACCUUCCACGAUAUCAGAGGCCUCUCAGAGCACAGUCGGACCAUGCACCUGGGGAAGAAGAAGCUGCCCAUGGAUUACAGUAACAAAGGUUUUCAACUGGAUAUCGACGCCAACGGCAACCUGCUGUUUCCCCACCUUGACUUUAUUACCAUAUUGCCUAGGGAGGAGCUGGGCGAGCGGGAGGUCUACCUGGCCAUCCUGGCGGGGAUACACUCCAAGUCGCUGGUGCCUGUGUACAUCAAGGUGAGGCCCCAGGCUGAGGGUGCUUCUGGGAGGCCCGGCAAGCAGGUGUUGACCUGCCCCUUUUGCUUUGGCACCUUUGUGACAACGGAGGCAUACGAGCUGCAUCUGAAGGAGAGGCACCACAUCACGCCCACAGUCCACACGAUUCUGAAGUCUCCAGCUUUCAAGUGCAUCCACUGCUGCGGGGUCUACACUGGCAACAUGACGCUGGCAGCCAUUGCCAUCCACCUGCUGCGCUGCCGCAGCGCCCCCAAGGACAGCAGCCCUGACCUGCAGGGCCAGCCCAGCCUCCUGGAGAACAGCGAGCUGCUCUUAGUCAACGGCGAAGUGAUCCACGAUACCAGCUUCUCAGUGAAGAGAAAGCUGCCUGAUGGCCACUCCGGGGUCGAAGACCAGAGGGAUGGUGCGGAGCCGCCCGUCGUCAUAGACGCGGACACAGACCCGGCUCCAGAAAAGGCAGUGAGUGCUGCACCUGUUAAACGGCAGCGGAGUGAGGGCAGGACGGAGGGACCGCCCGUUAGUGACGACGCUCUUCAGAUUUUAGCAUUAAAUCCUAAAAAGUAUGAAGACCGUUCUUACGAAGACAAAAAGCAGUUUCUUAGGGAUUAUUUCCACAAGAGACCAUAUCCCAGUAAAAAGGAAAUAGAAUUGUUAUCUUCACUCUUAUGGGUGUGGAAAAUUGACGUGGCUUCAUUUUUUGGAAAAAGAAGGUAUAUUUGCAUGAAAGCAAUAAAAAAUCACAAACCGUCUGUACUUUUAGGCUUUGACAUGUCUGAACUUAAAAAUGUUAAACACAGGUUGAACUUUGAGCAUGAACCACAAAACUUGUAAAAAAAAAAAUCUAAAGUAUUAGAUAGUUUUUUUCAAUUGAGAUUUUUAAAAAUGUUAUUUUCUUCACUGUAUGUUGAACUAAUCAGUUUCAGUGGUCUUUAUGCUGCUCUUUAGAUUUAUUUCAGGUGCUCAGAAAGACUUCUGUAUAAAGAAGUGAGUAGUUCUUUCAAAUUUGUUUCCUGCAGUUUGAUUUUGUAACAAUUACUUUUUGUUUUUUCUCUGUCAUGUAAAUUAAAUCUUUUGAUAUUUCAUGCACGCCUUGUUUUCCCAGUAGUGUCACUAUUGUAUGAUAAAAACUAAAAUCUAUAUAUGUUUAUUUUUCAUUUAAGGAAAUUUCAGCUUGUUUCAGAACACUUGAUUAACUGCAAAUUAAAACUGCUCUCCCUCAGCUUCCCAAGUAGCAACAGACGAUACAGUAAAUGUUUAGAGAAGUGAGUAGCAGCCCCUGUGACAUGUCUGGUUCAUUAAGGAUGCACUGCAUUAACUUACGCUGAUUUCUUCUUGUAAGGUAUUCGCUAAUUAGAUUAUAAUUUUGAUUUACGUUUUUUCAGUUGUUUACGUCCUAACAGUUGUUUUUGAUUGUAACUCAGAAAACCAAAUGUUUUCAUUUGUUAAAAAUAUACUGAACCUGAAGUCUGGUAUUUAAAUCAAGAGUUAUUUUACAAAUAAAGUAAUUCUGUAGGUACAAAAUACUUCUCACUGUAGACUUUUCCCCUCUUUUUGAUGUGGUGAUAAGUCUUCUCCAUUCAAAGACAAGACAAUAAAUCUUUAGUGCCUUUAGAACAAACACUGAAAACACACACACAAGCUCUCCUCCUGACCUAACUGUGCAUAAACAGCGAAAGGGAAGGUCUGAGUUACUCAGGAAUGAAAUGUUGACCCCUGAGUGUGGCUACUAACUAAGAUUUAAACACAGGUUUUUAGGGAACAAGGUGAAACACAUGGACUGGAGCUAGUCUCCUGGUUGGUGUAUUAAAUCUGACAGUUUCCUGGAGGUAAAUUUAUUCAUUCUAGGAAAAUGGGCUUUCCCAUAGCCUGGUGUCCAGGUUACUGGGAUGGGCUAUUGCUAAGGAAUCAAGUGUGUAACUGUCCUUCGGCCAACUAGGCCUCAUUUUUUCCACGUAAUCUGAAAUAACUUAAAGCACCAGAAGCAGUUGUGGAGACCAGCCUGUUUGACCUUGAGCCACAGUGCUGGUGAUGCACGGGAGAGGUGCCUGUGCUGCGUUCUUGGAAGAUGUGACAGUCUCUGGGAAAUGAGAUACUGUUACCACGUGGAGUUUUAAAGUGUAGUUCUUGCAUGUUGUUGCUGUAAUGUACAUUUCUGAGGCAACCGUGAAACUGGCGUGUGUGUGAUUGUUGGUGUGCUCUGUUGUAAAUUCAAAGAGCUUGUUCCAGUCUGUUUUUUUUUACCUAUUGUUUUCAGAGUGUCUAUUUUGAAUUAAAACUUGUUAUACCACUGCAA